CGCGCCGAGAGCCCGGCCGGAAGCGAAGGAAGGCGGCCGGGUAGUGCCUGAAGGUUCCCCGCGGCUGCCGCCUCGAGCCUGGCGAGCCGGGCCGACUCUCGCCGUGGCGGCUCGGCCCCGUGCCGGGCGGCGGGGCGGGAACAUGGGUCCGAGAAGAACCGGGACCGGCCGGAGGCCCGGGAGGUUUCACGGGCAUUAGGGUGGGCGACCCAAACCGGCGUGCAGCACGCCCGCGUCGUUAGGGAGGAAGGCGCGGCGUCCCUGGUUACGGGUUCAGGCAAAGGGCAAAGGGCAGCGUCCGGGUUGAGCUAGAGCAAGGCUUGGGAAUGGCGGCGUCCGGGGAGCCCGCGAGGCCCCGGCAGGAGGAGGUGGCGGCGGCGGCGGUGGUGGUGGUGGGUUCCUGCAUGACCGACCUGGUCAGUCUUACUCCUCGCUUGCCAAAAACUGGAGAAACCAUCCACGGACAUAAGUUUUUCAUUGGCUUUGGAGGAAAAGGUGCCAACCAGUGUGUCCAAGCUGCUCGGCUUGGAGCAAAGACGUCCAUAGUCUGCAAGGUUGGCAAAGAUUCUUUUGGCAAUGAUUACAUAGAAAACUUAAAACAAAAUCAUAUUUCUACAGAAUUUACAUAUCAGACCAGAGAUGCUGCCACAGGAGCUGCUUCUAUAAUUGUCGACGAUGAAGGCCAGAAUAUCAUCGUCAUAGUGGCUGGAGCAAAUCUGCUUUUGAAUACUGAAGACUUGAAGAAGGCAGCCAGUGUUAUUAGCAGAGCCAAAGUGCUGAUCUGCCAACUCGAAAUAAGCCCAGCGACUUCUCUAGAAGCUCUGACAAUGGCCCGCAACAGUGGAGUUCCCUGCAGCCUGCCCAGCCUGUGGAGGACAGGAAGGCACAGCCAGCACAGCUCACAGACAAGCACUUCCGUUAUCCUACAGAUGCACCUUCCACCUGCAUCCAUACAUGCCCUUUCACGCCGACUUAUGAUGCUCUUGUUGCCCUCACCUGAACUAGACAAGCACGUUAGUUUGAAAACAUUGUUCAAUCCGGCUCCCGCCAUUGCUGACCUGGACCCCCGGUUCUACACCCUCUCCAGUGUGUUCUGCUGCAAUGAAAGCGAGGCUGAGAUUUUAACAGGCCUCGUGGUGAACAGCCCAACCGAGGCUGGGAAGGCUGCAUUGGUUCUCCUAGAACGGGGCUGCCAGGUCGUGGUCAUCACCUUAGGGGCUUCGGGAUGUGUGACACUGUCACAGGCGGAACCUGUACCAAAGCACGUCCCCACAGAAGCAGUCAAGGCCGUGGAUACCACGUUCCCAGACAACAAUGCUCUUAUUUCAAGGCCCGCUCACCAAGAGAAGAAAGCAGCUGGUGGAGAUGAGCACUCGGCAGAGAAUGUUUCAGUAAAUCUUGUGGAGGAUUCCAAGACAUACUGGAUUAACUGUUUUCUGUCAGGAAUGCUGGAGUCACAAGGAAGAAAGAUUGCUGACCACAGAAGGCAAGGCCAGUCUUUAGAACCCAAUGAGUCACCAACGGACGCUUUGGUUUUAAGUGCCAUUUAUUCGCAGAUAUGUAAAGUUAUUUCUAUACAAAGCCUUCAUUAACAGCACUGGAAGAAUAGGGCCUUUCUCAUCCCAUUUUUUACUUGCACUCAGGAUUCCUUUUCUCUUUUAUCAAUUAUAGAAUGAGUUAAUCCACCACAGGCAUUUUGGGCAGAUGGGGGUCUUGGCCAGUUUUCAGUCUCCUUAAGCCAUUUUUCUCCAUGGCUUCCCAGACUGCAGAGCAGUGAAGGCCCUGAAGGAGUCAGUGGGUUCUGCUGAGCACAGCCCAGGCCGGCCCCACCCCAGAACCUGAGGAGGCUACAGCAAUCCGUGGUCCAUCCCCUUCAUGGCUGACAGUGGACCUCACGUGUUCUGCAGUCCGGCCAGCCCUGGGCAAAUGAGAGGUGUCCUGGUGACUGACACCAAGACAUGGCCACUGGGCCCAGCCGAUUCCGGCAAGUGUGGCAGAGCUGCUUUACUGAGGUCAUAGUGAUUCCUGACAGCGUUCAUAACAAUCAGUUGUAAGUAAAACAUGAAGUGUUCUUAUUUUGUUAUCAAGGGACACGUAAAACAGCUCCCCCCACCCCCAUUUCCACACUCAGCAUAGAGCAGAGAUUGAAACGAGAGAAAGGGCUUCAGGGAUAGCUGAGCAUGGCUAAAAGGAUGGGGCUCGAGUUUGGACUGCAGAUAGAUGAGGUCCACAAAGGGGGUACAGCGAAGGAAAGGGGGUACAGUCACGGAUGUCUGCUUUGUCCGUUAGUGGGUGGGCCUGCAUUUUAUAUGUGAUCCUUUGGUACACGUGUUGCUUUGGAGUACCCCAUCAAAACGUUCCACCUCAGAACUGGUAUGACUGGCCAUAGAGAGGCCGUCACUGACUGCUGCGGCUGGGAGAGAAUCCUGAUCCACAGGCAGGCCCAGAUGGAGCCAGCAAAUGACCUCUGCCAUCCCAGGAGCCAUCUGUCACUAGACAGAGGUCAGCCUGAGCCCCACAGCCCUGCACAUGUGGGAAACCUGAGACACGCCCCCCCCCCCCCCCCAGCACGUCCAGCAGGGGCUUCUUUAGGCUGUGACUCAACCUUACACAAGACCCCAGUAAGGCAGUUGUUCGGGCGGUCAGCUCUUCUCUUACAAAUAAAGACACGGGACCAACAGUGAAGAAUCCCGGGGCUCUAGCAGGGAGGCGGAAAGAGCUUUUUGCUUUGUAUUAGUUGAAGUUUAAUCGAUGUGGUGAGAACAGAGAGACCAGUGUCGUCUUUACGGUCACCUGCAGCCUCUUUGGGCCAUCAAAUGCUGGCCCGAACGAACGCACCCCAGCCUCACCUCGCUGUGAUUUUACACCUGACCUCCCAUUGAUCCUUCUCCGUUCUCAUCCAUCUAAAGGAAAGCACGCUUUAGCCCCGUACACCUCACUCCAGAUAGAAAUACAUAAUUCAAGAGGAAUACGAUGUCAACGAGGAGGCAUGCCAAUUUGUGUCAGCAUUGGCUGUAAAACAGAGAGGAGUACAAGGAGAGUUUAAUGUAAUGUAGAAUUGAAAUUAAAAUAGAGCCAAUAUUUAGGCAUUC